AUGACAAUCAAUUGCUUGAGCCUUGACCCAAGGUACGGACAGAUUGAGUCUCCUAGGCGUGGAGGGCUGGAUGAUGCCAACGCCGUCACUUCCUACCACAAGGUAACGAAAUGGGAACGUUGUCUACGCCGUGAUACUCACCUAAACUCACCCAAAGAUAGUAAAAGGCAUCCGCAAGUCUUCGUCCUUGCUGGCCACCCUGCUGCCCUGGGAGUCGAGCGCAAGAAUGCGCCAGGAACAGGUCAGGUUCAGGCACAUCGUCUCGACGUAUCCCAUCCCAUCCCAACCCGACUUCCUGGCCGCAACUCCAAUUUUGCCCGCACUUGUUCUUCGUCUGAAGACGAAGAAGGCGGCCCUGCGUUCACCACCGCCUUGAUGUAUCCCUCCACGCCUGCCGACGGCUCGUCGACUAUCCUUUUCCGACCGGGUAUAUUGUUGCUCCGUUGUCAUAAGGUAGUGAAUGAGGAUCGGUACGUUGCCUUACACCCAGGUUAG